CCUCGCUCACAACAAAAAACUACACCAUGUCCCACAUUAUCUCCCCUCCAAAUUUUCAGCAGCCAUGAAUAAUAACAUCUACAUCUCAAUCUCUCAUGGCCAUUCUCCUCUCCCUUCCUCCACACCCACCAAACCCUCCCCAAAACCCCAAUUCUGCCACCACCAAACCCAUCUCUCUCACCGCUCCCAAACCCACAGCUUUCACCACCAUCUCCAAGAGGCACUUUCUCCUUAAAACUACUUCGCUCUCCAUCAUUUCCUUGACCCUAUCAUACCCAGUUGCCCAUUCUUCAGCUGAACCUUCAGUGCCACCGAAAUCGGCUCUCUCGGGCAUUGCAAACACUAAGUCUUGGUUCCAGUUCUUUGGCGAUGGGUUCGCCAUUCGUAUCCCCCCACAGUUUGAAGACAUCAUGGAGCCUGAGGAUUACAAUGCCGGAUUGUCUCUAUAUGGAGACAAGGCAAAACCUAAGACCUUUGCUGCAAGAUUUGCGUCAUCGGAUGGAUCUGAAGUUUUGAGCGUUGUCAUUCGCCCAACCAAUCAACUUAAGAUCACCUUCUUGGAGGCCAAAGACAUUACUGAUUUAGGUUCUUUGAAGGAGGCUGCAAAAAUUUUUGUUCCAGGAGGGUCAAAUUUAUACUCUGCAAGAACUCUAAAAAUAAAGGAAGAGGAAGGACUCAGGACUUAUUACUUCUACGAAUUUGGCAGAGAUGAACAACAUGUAGCACUAGUAGCUGCUGUUAAUAGUGGAAAGGCAAUUAUUGCUGGAGCAACUGCCCCACAGUCUAAAUGGGAUGAUGAUGGAGUGAGGCUUCGUUCUGCUGCUGUAUCACUUACAAUUCUCUAGUCUUGCUCCCAUAAGAUAGCAGGCCAUUGAAAUAAAGAAAGUAACACUGCUUGACAAUCAUUGAUCAACUUUCAGCAGUAAGGCUGAAGCCUUGGCGUCAAGUUCUAGGUUCUGGUUCAGCAGUUGGGAGUCAAGAAUUAACAAUCUUGGCCAAAUUUUGGGGAUUGAGAUAUCGACAAAACUAGAGGAGAAAAAGAAUAGUAUUGAUUUUCUGUGACUAAGAGACACUAUUGAUUUUCAAUUUUUCCUGCAUCCAGAUUAUUUUCUCACUCUUCAUCUGUGCAACUGCAUUACAGAUGGGAUACAAAAUGCAUCCUGGAUUUGCUUUGCCAUUCUUGAAUCAACUUUUGCUGCUUCCUGAUUCAUGGUUCCAAUGAUUAUAUAUAUUCUUCCGGAUUUGCAAAUGGUUUACUUUUUAGCAGCUUCCUUCCCAGGAAGCCUUAUAGGCAGCUGAAGACCACAUAGCAUAGAGUUGAAUGGGAAAUUGGUUUGGGGGAAUUCUACCAUUUUUUAUUUUGUAUGAGGUCAUUUCUCUUCAAUGUUAAUCUGAAAUUUUGAGCAGAGUGCAAUUCCUUCAA